UCUUCUUCUUCUUCCUCUUCAACAUCUGGAAUCCAGAAACAGAGAGAAAGAGAAGGGAGAGAGAGAUGUCCGUUUCUCGCUCCCCAUUAUUUUCCUCCAUAGGAAUCUUUAGACCUCCCCCUCGGUCUUCCCAAUUUCUCACUACUAUUUCAUCUCCCUCAUACUGUUACUGCAAACUAUCGAGAUACCCUAACUACAUUCAUCGGAAAAGACUCUUCAUUUCCACAUCAUCGAUUGACAACGAUUCCAUUUCUCGACUCCCUUCCACUUCUCACUCUUCCAGCAGCCACAACGGUCAACUCCAUGGCCGUAACAACGAAGAAGAAGAAGAUGAUGAUGAUAUUGGUAGCGAGGAAGACGAAAUUGAAGAAGAUUUCGAAUCUUCAACUGGGUAUAUUUUACCUGAGAGAUGGGAUGUAUUGGGUCUUGGACAAGCUAUGGUAGAUUUUUCUGGAAUGGUUGAUGAUGAAUUCUUGGGGAGGUUAGAAGUGGAGAAAGGGACAAGGAAAGUUGUUAAUCAUGAAGAAAGGGGUAAAGCUUUGAGAGCAAUGGAUGGUUGUAGCUAUAAAGCAGCUGCAGGUGGUUCUUUAUCGAAUAGUCUUGUUGCUUUGGCUAGGUUAGGUGGUCGUCAAAUUGGAGGUCCUUUGUUAAAUGUUGCUAUGACUGGUAGUGUUGGUGGGGAUCCUUUGGGUGGAUUUUACAGAGCGAAACUGCGGCGUGCAAAUGUUCAUUUUCUUUCGCCUCCGGUUAAGAAUGGAACGACUGGGACUGUUAUAGUGUUGACGACUUCGGAUGCCCAACGCACUAUGCUGUCGUAUCAGGGUACAUCUUCGUCUAUCAAUUUUGAACCUUCUUUGGCUGCUGCCAUUUCCAAAACAAACAUCUUAGUUGUUGAAGGAUAUUUGUUUGAAUUUCCCGACACAAUUAGAACCAUUGCAAAAGCAUGUGAAGUUGCCCGUAGAAGUGGCGCUUUGGUUGCCAUUACCGCCUCUGAUGUCUCUUGUAUCGAGACACAUUAUGACGAUUUUUGGGAGAUAAUUGGGAACUACGCGGACAUUGUGUUUGCAAACACUAACGAGGCGAGAGCCUUCUGCAACUUUUCCUCAAACGAAAGCCCGGUUAGUGCUGCUAGGUACUUAAGCCAUUUUGUCCCUAUGGUAUCAGUCACAGAUGGACCAGAAGGUUCUUAUAUCGGUGUUAAAGGGGAAGCAGUUUACAUUCCUCCUUCCCCUUGUGUGCCUGUGGAUACUUGUGGGGCCGGGGAUGCCUACGCUUCGGGAAUCUUGUAUGGAGUCUUGAAGGGUGUGUCGGAUUUGAAAGGAAUGGGUAUGUUUGCGGCUAAGGUUGCGGCUGUGGUUGUAGGACAGCAGGGUACCCGUCUUCGAGUCGAAGAUGCUGCUGAAGUGGCCAAGUCGUUUAUGUAUCGGUUUGAAAACUCGUCUAAUUCUGUGGUUCAGUCUGAUGUUGGUUCGGAUCAAAUUUCCAGUAAUUAACAGGUUCAGAGGGUUUGUUUUGUACAUAGAUAGAUGUAUUUAUAUUUGAUGGUUAAAACCCUACUGGGGCUAAUUGUUUUCAUUCCACUGUCCGGGAAUUUGGAUCUUUCUAAUAAGACAAACAUUAUGUUUGGUUUAUUUCAAAACAAUCAAGCUGUUAUUCUUUUCUUA